AUGUAUUUUUCUCUUCAACGAACAAGAGACUUUACAGAUAGCUUCAUAUCGAAGCUCGUGGAUAUACCACAAGAGCUCUCAUCUAGCAUCGACAUAUUCAUCAUUCCCGAUUUCAUUUCUCUGACAAAUACAGUCGCCCAGCUGGAAUCAAGUCCAGUUCCCAUUUGGAUCGGCGCUCAAGACUGCCAUUGGGAGGACCAGGGAGCCUUUACCGGUGAAGUCAGCCCCUCUGUGCUAAGUAGCGCCGGCGUCAAGCUCGUGGAAAUUGGGCACGCAGAACGAAGGAGAAUUUUCGGCGAGGACGAUGUUAUUGUUGCAAAGAAAGCUGCUGCGGCGAGUCGGAAUGGUAUGAUCCCAUUAGCGUGCAUUGGAGAAAGGACGCAGGGCGAUGUACAUGUUGCCGUGGAUGAAUGCCGUGUGCAGGUUGACGCCAUCAUGAGCUCUGUGUCCGAUGAAGCAGAAGUUAUUUUGGCCUAUGAGCCCGUUUGGGCGAUUGGAGCAAGUCAGCCAGCCGGAGAGACACACAUUCUCAAUGUGGUUUCUGGAAUUCGAGGCCUUGAUUCUGUUCAGAAGAGAAAGGGGACGACGAGGGUGUUGUAUGGGGGUAGUGCCGGGCCAGGACUAUAUGAGAAAUUGAAAGAUGGGCUGGACGGACUAUUUCUUGGAAGAUUUGGUCAUGAUCCGCAGCAGUUUGUCAAGACGAUCCGGGAGGUUGCCGAGGCAUAA